UUUAUCGUUGUGAAUUUAAUCCAGCCGUAUACAUACAAUAAUUUUAUUGCGUGAAAUAAAUAAAUGAACAAAUAAGUGGUGCGCAAAUGCACUAUAGAUAUUUAAAUGGCGGUUCGCAGACGUCAAAAUAUUUCAAAUUCUAUAACGUCAAAAAACGCCAUAUCUAAUCCAAAUAGAUACAAUUAUUAUAAACAACCAGUUAAAUAAGACACCGAUAACAAAACCCAGAUACAACCAGUACAACAAUUACAAUUUGUGAUUUUGAGGUUAUGUUUAUUGUUAUGAAAACACAUUUAUGUGAAGUAAAGAAAAUACGCUGUUUAAAUGUUGUAAAUAAAGUAAUAGUUUAAUCAGUUACAAAGUCUAGUUUGUGUUUGUAUUUGACUAGUACACAUUGUUGGAAACAUGUCUACAAUAACUUGGAACAAAGAGUACCAUGUUGCCCUCGAAGUCAAAGAUCUACAAGCAAACGCCAUGGCUGUGGAUUGUACUGGUACUUUUGUACUGUUAGCUGGGAGGAAAUGCGUGGCAAUCACAAACUUAAAUGAGGAUUUUUCAUUAAAAAAAAUUCCCAGACAAAGCAAAUAUGAUGUGGGGACGGCAGAGUGGAAUCCAACAAUACACAAUAAAGAACUAUGCGUAAUUUCAAGUAACCAAAGACUUGAGGUUUUGACCCUCCAAAACGAGGACCUGACCCUGACGCACUCGUUAAGGGCCCACACCAGGGUGAUAACCGACUUAAGUUGGCACCGUUUCGACCCCAACAUAUUGGCCUCUUGUUCCGCCGACACGUUCAUUCAUAUUUGGGACAUCCGGGACGCCCGAAAACCCACCCUGUCGCUGAGCGCCAUCGCCGAAGCAUCGCAGGUCCGGUGGAACCGGCUCUCGCCCAACUUGUUGGCGACGGCGCACGACGGCGACAUCAAGGUGUGGGAUCAGCGCAAGGGUACCGCCCCAACCAAAUACAUAUCUGCCCAUUUGUCCAAGAUACACGGGCUGGACUGGAGUCCCGUGUCUGAGUAUCAGUUGGCGUCGUCCAGUCAGGAUAAUACAGUCAAAUUUUUCGACACUGAAAACCCGAGGAGGCCUGAGUACGUCUUGACCACGGCUUCGCCCGUUUGGAGGGCAAGGUACACGCCUUUCGGCAACGGCAUGGUCACCGUUGUAGUUCCGCAGUUGAGGAGAGGAGAGAACAGCUUGUUACUGUGGAACACAGCUAAUAGAACAACUCCCAUGCACACAUUUAUUGGUCACAGAGACGUGGUGCUUGAAUUUGAGUGGCGCAAGCAACGUCCAGGCGACACAAACUACCAGCUUAUCACAUGGUCAAAAGAUCAGACCCUGCUGGUGUGGAAAAUUGAGCCAUUCCUUCAAAAGUUGUGCGGGCACGAACCGGAGGAGUACAAAGACACGUCUGAUACGAUUUCCGUUAAUACAAUAGACUCCAAACAGGUGGAGGCCAAGUCUUCCCCUAAAAUACAACCUUUACAACAGGAGUUCUCCCUUAUGAACGUCCACAUUCCCAACUUGGAAGUAAUCAGCAUGGAUUUGAUGGGCAGGACGUGCAGCGUCAAGGCUACCGUUAACAACUUGGUGGUCAACUUACAAGUUAUCUUUCCCAAUGCUUAUCCACAUGGAGUCCCUCCAGUAUUCCAUCCCACAAUAACAUCCCCCAAUGGCAACGAAUCAAUGGCGGCUUCUUUGCUUCAAACGUUGAACCACUUGGCGCAACAGAGGGUUUCCAAAAAUCGUACCUGCUUGGAGCCGUGCCUGCGACAAAUGGUAACCUCUCUGGAGCAACUGUCUCGGGACGCCGAAAGCGACAGGACAAUCGUCACCCCGUACAUAGAACAAUCGCCAGUUUUUAGCGGCCUGAACGACGCUUACAUCCCUUUCCCCCGGACUUCGGGGGCCAAAUUCUGCUCAGUUGGGAUGCUGGUGUGCUUCGGCCGUCCCGUACACAGACGACUAGGCAACAAGCUCGAGUCCACGACGCCCAGGGCCUUGUCCGCCCUGGAGAACAUUAACGCCAAGAGGAACAGCAACGGAAUGACCGUGUCCGCCUACUAUUUCCAAAAGCAAAGGCGUCCAACCAAACAUGCGCCCCCAAAAUCGAAAGCCACCGUUCACGUCUACGACGCCGGACGUCUGUUCUUCGUGAACCAGCAGCUUGCCGAGGAAUACAUAUUGGACGGAGACGUGGGCACAAUCUGUCGCCACAAUGCGGCCAGCGCCGCCGCCGUGGGGCGAUGCGAUCUGGUGCAGGCGUGGACGUUGGCCGAACUGGUGGCCGGGCCGCAGCAGGCCGACGAGGAGAUGACGUGGUCCCAGCAUCCGUUCGGCAAUCAGCUUAUGCGUUCCUUGAUUUCCCAUUAUGCGACCCAAUCGGACGUUCAAAUGGCGGCAAUGUUGAGCUGCAUCUUUGGGAAGGAGAACGACACGGUUACGUCGCGUAAGACGUCGAUAAAGUCUCUGAAGUCGCCCACGCUUGCACCAGGAAUGAGAUGGUUGAAGUCUGGUGGAUCACCGUACCACACAAUUCCGCCAGCGGACGUGAUUGCAGAAGGCUGGGUGAUCCCCAUCCUGAAAACCUCUAGAUCCACCUCUCUAGACAACCUCCGACUGGACGAUUCGAGCGAAGUGACGCCCCCGAUUAAAGAUCCAUCGUCCGCCCUCUACGAGUACUACAAGCUGGUCUAUGCGGAGACCCUACACCGCUGGCGGUUGAUCUACAAACGGGCCGAGGUGAUAAAAUACAUGUGUGCCCCGGCUGAGUCGCACAAGGGGGUGCAGUUCACGCCGGAGUGCAAAGAAUGUCAGGUUUCGGUUAAGGAAAGUUGCUGUUGCGUCAGGUGCAAGCGGCUGUCGCUGCAGUGCGCGAUUUGUCACAUUUCCGUCAGGGGCUCGGCGACUUGUUGCGUCAUCUGCGGACACGGAGGUCACACCAAACACCUCAUGGAGUGGUUUAAAAUACGGGAUAUAUGCCCUACUGGUUGUGGGUGUUACUGUCUGAUGGAAAUACCAGGCGUUUUUAACUGUUGA